UCCCUUUCUCUCUCUGCCUGCAGGUGCCUUGGAAGUUUCAUGGAGGACCUGGAGUCUCCCUCCGUCUUUCCCCAGCCUAAAGUUUUCGGUGGCUGCAGAUGAGCAGCAGCCUUGCGGGACUCCGGCCAAGUUGGCACCUCCUUGGCCCAUUUGGAUCAAUACUGCAGGGCUGGGGGGGGGGGGGAGAGAGAGGAAACCCGGCCUCCCUCUCUGCAAAGACCCAGAAGUCCAGGCAGGAGCGAAAGCAGCCUCUUCCACAGCCUCUGCCUCCACCCGGCAGCUGAUGCCAAGGCGGAUGCCCAGUUCCUUGCGCGCCUCACUGCACUCCCUGCCCAGGUCAUGAGGGAAGGCCGAGCCUGGCGAUGACCGGCGUAGACCGAAGGGACCACUUGGAGAAGAGGUUCCUGUGCCAUGAUGGGGAUGGAUUGUGGCUCCUGAUCUCUCCCUUGCUGGCUCGGGCACCCAUGUCUGCCAAAGACACCGCUUUCUGACCCGCUUCUUCUUCUGGGACCUCUCUCUGCGUGGCUCACGAUGGGAGGAUGCUUCUCCAAACCCAAACCAGGACCGGAUAACUCGCGCCCAAAUGUUUUAAAAGAAUUGGCUGAGGAGCUUUCUGAACCGCUGAGGCUGAUUUUAAGUAAAUCAUGGAAUACUGAGGAUAUUUCAGAGGACUGGAAAAAGGCUGAUGUCAGUGUUCCAGUGUUUAAAAAAAGUAAACGAAAUGAACUCGUUGAAGUGAAAAUCGAAGUGGUGCUGCCAGAGAAGGAGAGAGCCAAGGAGGAGAUGUCGCCCAACGGGAAAGCCAGCCCCAUCAUCUACAAAGCCAAUGGCACUUCUCGCCAUUUCCAGCUCGAGGAAUACCCGGUCGCCAUCAACCCCUACCGGAACCUGAAGGACGUGGUUGAAGCCUCUGUUUGUUAUGUGAAGGACCUCGACAAUGGACAGAUGCGAGAGGUGGAUCUGGGCUGCGGGAAAGCGCUUCUGGUCAAAGAAAACGGGGAGUUCUAUGCCAUGGGCCACAAAUGUCCUCACUAUGGUGCUCCAUUGGUGAAAGGGGUUUUGUCCAAAGGACGUAUCCGCUGUCCCUGGCACGGGGCUUGCUUUAACAUCGGCACAGGUGACAUUGAAGACUAUCCAGGCCUGGACAGCUUGCCGAAAUUUCAGGUGAAAAUCGAGAAGGAGAAAGUGUACAUCAGAGCAAGCAAACAGGCUCUUCAGACGCAGAGGAGGACCAAGGUGAUGGCCAAAUGCAUCUCCCUCAGCAACUACAACAUCAGCAGCACAAACGUACUCAUCAUCGGGGCAGGCCCCGCAGGACUGGUGUGUGCAGAGACGUUACGGCAAGAAGGCUUCUCGGAUAGGAUUGUGAUGUGCACAAUGGACAGGAACUUGCCCUAUGACAGACCCAAACUAAGUAAGUCGAUGGAUUCUCACCCUGAUCAGAUUGCCUUGCGACCGAAGGAAUUCUUUCGUACAUAUGACAUCGAGGUCCUGACAGAAAUGCAGGUGGUGGCUGUGGACGUCAAGAACAAGACAGCCGUAUUCAAGGACGGGUUUAAAAUGGAGUAUAACAAACUGCUACUUGCCACUGGGAGCAUGCCCAAAACCCUUAGCUGCAAAGGCAAGGAAGUGGAGAACGUUUUUAACAUCCGGACGGUGGAGGACGCCAACCGAGUGGUGAAGCUAGCCACCAGCAAGAACGCCGUGGUUGUUGGAGCCUCUUUCCUGGGCAUGGAGGUUGCUGCUUACCUCACGGAGAAGGCGCAUUCCGUCUCUGUGGUGGAGCUGGAGGAAGUUCCCUUCAAGAAGUUCUUUGGGGAGAAGGUUGGCCGAGCCAUCAUGAAGAUGUUUGAAAACAAUCGGGUAAAAUUCUACAUGCAGACGGAAGUCUCUGAACUGCGGGAACAGGAGGGCAAGCUAAAGGAGGUUGUACUGAAAAGUGGCAAAGUCCUCCGAGCCGAUGUCUGCGUCAUAGGCAUAGGUGCAACCCCAGCGACGGGCUUCUUGAAGCAGAGUGGCAUUAACGUGGACUCCAAAGGUUUCAUCGUGGUGAACAAGAUGAUGCAGACCAACAUCCCAGGAGUUUUUGCAGCCGGCGACGCUGUUGCCUUUCCACUGGUGCUGAGGAACAACAAGAAGGUGAACAUCCCUCAUUGGCAGAUGGCUCACAUGCACGGACGCAUUGCCGCGCUGAACAUGUUGGCACAUGGGACCGAAAUCAGCACAGUCCCUUACCUGUGGACAGCCAUGUUUGGCAAGAGCAUCCGCUACGCAGGCCAUGGAGAGGGGUUUGAUGAUGUCAUCAUUCAGGGAGACUUGGAUGAACUGAAGUUUGUGGCGUUUUACACAAAGAAUGAAGAGGUGCUUGCCGUGGCAAGCAUGAACUAUGACCCUCUGGUCUCCAAGGUUGCAGAUGUCAUGGGAGCCGGCAGGGCCAUCCGGAAACGAGAUGUGGAGCUCUUCAUCCGCUAUGGCAAAACUGGAGACAUGUCCUGGCUAACCGGAAAGGGCUCCUAACAUCCCCAGAAAUCACUUGGCUUCCUACAGACCCUGCAGUCACCAAGGGCAAGAUGCCACACACCUUUCUCCAGUGACUUUGACAAACCUGGCACUGUUUCCAUAACCAUUCUCUUCCUACGCCUUCCAAGGGCACCAUUCAUGCUGAGAUCAACUGCUGUAGCCUCAGAGUGGCUUAAACACACCCUCUCCCUGGAGCAACCGGAAGGAAAUGGGGCCACUUAGGGGUUCAUUGAGUUGCCACGGCUAUCUAGGGCCAAGUCAGAUAAGUGCCGUGAAGUCAGCGGAGCCGUGGGGUGGGGUGGGGGAGAGGAAAAUGUGGGUCACACCUGCAUGCUUGCUUGGGAGCAGAGUGGAGAGCUGGUGGACCUCAAAGGCUUCCCUUUCUACAGGAAUAAAUCUCCACGGAUUGGUGAUGGCCGCAUCCCACAGUGGCUGGCUACGCUGCUCGCCGUCCACAUUCCAACCGCCCUUCCAGUCUACUCCAUUGCUGCUGCAGUUCUUUUGAACCACGUCCUUGAGGCGCUUCCUGCAGGCCCGUUAAGCUGUCUUCCUUUAUGCGAGCCACAAACCUCUGUGUGUGUGUGUGUGUGUGUGUGUGUGAGAGAGAGAGAGAGAGAGAGAGAGAGAGAGAGAGAGAGAGAGCAGCGAUCAAAGGGAAACUAAUAUGGAGGAUUGGCUCACCUUUCUAUGUUCCCUUUGGAACAGCAUUGCCCAAGCCUGCUGUGCCAAAGAUCUGUUGGUCUUUUGCAUAGGGAUCGGGGGGGGGGGAGGGUGUCUGAUUCAGUUCAUGUUUCAAGGCGAACGUACCCAAUUUGCACAUUCUGAAAAUGGCAGGUGAAUCGAACCGCAGCCAUCUUUCAAAAUUUGCCCGUCUCUGAAUUUUGCAAUGCAGUUCUCCGGUCAAGCGCGGAAACCCAUAACUGCGCAUAAACAUGCAUAUAUAUUAGAGGAAAUAACACACAAGAAUGUAUUGUGUUGCAAAAACCAAACACAUGAAUCUUUGCAAAAACUGGACGCAUGAACCAAAAUUGCAGAAUAGAACGUUGCGUGAAAAUGCUGGCGAAUUUUCACAAGGACUUAAGGAACAGCAACACAACCACUUGUGGACUGGUGUGGAGAUAUGGCUAACUCCACUCAAGACUGGAAAAUGAGGAACUGAAAUGGACAGAUUCACCUAUCCUUAGUGGGAUCCAUGUUUCCCCCCUCACUUCCUUCCCCUGCAGCAAGCCCUCUCUUGCCAAGCCUAGCUGUGACCGCUCUCUGCCGUUCUUCCGGAAUGCAGAAGAGGCACAGGACCCAGCUUCCAGAUCACUAUGUUUUCUUUCCUUUUGUUUUGCCUUAACCAGGUUUCUAGCCCCUAAGGAUUGCCAAGAUGUGCUUGAAAGAGUGCCAGAAGUCAGAGAGGUUGGAGCAGCAAGCGAGGGGAAGGGUCAGCAGCCUUGGUCACCCUCCAAAUUAGUACGCCAGAAUAAAUUCUGCAGUGCAAUAAUGCACGUGUUCCUCUGGCAUCGUUUAUUCUGACUGCAGAACUGUCUCUUCUCCUCGGCACGGGGUGUCGAUUUUCUUUUUGCAAUGGGCAAAACAAACCCCUGAGUUAUCACCUUGCUCAUCAUAGGACAAGGGGACCUGAGGGUGAAGGAGGCAGGCUGCCCCUCUCCUAAUAAUCCAGCCCAUCGAAUCCUAGAAUUGUACAGCUGGAAGGGAACUUGAGAGUCAUUUAGCCCAGCCCCCUGGAAUGCAAUUUCCUAAUUCAGGGCAAUCAGCUAUAUUUUCUAGGAACCAGCAGCCACCAUUUCCUUGCAACUCAGGGGCGGUGGAGGAGAACGUCACAACAGAAAGGAGAGGGCCGUCAUGGGUGUCAACACUAAAGUGGAAACACUUUGAAACCUGAAACUCAGGUUCUCUUCGUGUGGCUGGAACAUGCUAAAUUUCUCUUCCCAAGCACCUGGUGAAGUUGCAGCUGAAGCUCCUCCUCUAACAGGACUAGCCCCUUGCCAGACUUUGAUGUUCCUCGCCACUAAUGGGGUUGCCAAUCAUAGGCCGGCCAUCUUCCACCUUCCUGACAGAGGCCUGGGGGUGCUUUAGAAAUGGCUUGCUUGCAGGCAGAAAUUCUGCCACUGUGAUGGGGGUUUUUUGUUUUGUUUUUGGCGCUGUGGGGCUGGAGGAAUAGGAAGCACCUGUUGAGUUCAUGCGGGUGUUUUCUGAAGGGUGAAAAGAAAUGCUGACUGGAUUUUGCCCGCCCUGCGUUUCAACUGCCCACAUUCGCUUGCGUCUCACUCGCUUUGCCACAGGACGUCAUGCAAAAUAAAUUAGCCAUCUCAUGUUUUGCCCUCUUCCCCCACCCUCCUAGGUUAUUAAUAAACUCAUGUAUUAAACCACAA